GUGUAAUCUCUAUCCCGGAUGAGUUCCUGUGACACUGGAGAGCUAUUUAAAGCAGUGUAACUUGCUGAGUAAUGCUGGAAACCUUUUUUUAAAAAAAUAUAUUUAAUCUGUGCUGUUAAACAUGCAUUCUAAUCUUAAAAGACUGUCAGCAAACAAGGCUUGUGUGAAGUCCAGCGCACAGACGACCAUCAGCAGGUUCUUCAGCAGUGCAGGAGAUAAAGGCGCAGUGGUCGAUGAGCCAAGGUUUAACUGUGCUGAUCGCACUCAGGAAAGCCGAGGCAAGAAGAAGCCGCCGUUACCUGAUGGCGGUGGCUCCUUUAAGAAACGGCUUAAAGCUUCUCCCAAUGUGAAAGACGUGGAGAAGGAGAAGCUGAUGAGCAGGGCAAGCUCUGAUGAUGGCACUAAAAUAGAUGAGCAGGGCUCUGCUUCUAAAGCAAGUCUUUCCUGCUCCACACUGGAGAAGCUGCGAGGUUUCAGCUGCCAUGGAGGUAGUGCGAGCAGAGCAGUGUGUGAGAGUGAGAAGAUGGAGGGCUCAGGAACAGGACAGCUACAGAACACCAGGAGAGAACAAGUCAAGAUGGAGGAGGACACUGAAGAAGGGCUGGUUCAGAGCAAACAGGUGCUUAACGUCAGUCACUUUGCCAAGACUGGAGGUGGUUCUGUAUCGAAGAGGAGUGCUCCAGAAGUGGCAGGACCUAAUAAAAGGACUAAAAGCAUCUACACUCCGCUUGAGCUGCAGUACAUGGAGAUUAAGGAGCGAUAUAAAGACACAAUACUUUGUGUGGAAUGUGGCUACAAGUACAGGUUCUUCGGCGAGGAUGCUGAGAUUGCUGCAAAGGAGCUAAACAUCUUUUGCCAUCUGGAUCAUAACUUCAUGACGGCCAGCAUCCCGACUCCUCGCCUAUUUGUGCAUGUUCGCCGCCUCGUCUCUCAGGGAUACAAAGUAGGAGUUGUAAAACAGACAGAAACGUCAGCAAUCAAAGCCUCCAGUGCCAACAAGAGCUCACUCUUCACCCGGCAGCUAAGUGCACUUUAUACCAAGUCUACACUGGUUGGGGAAGAUCUGAACCCCUUGUUGAAGUUAGGGGACUUGGAGCAAGCUGAAGAUGUAGUGCAGGACACAGCCAGCAGCUACCUGAUGUGUGUGAGUGAGAGCUGGGAGAAACCGAGUAAAGAGCCGACUGUUGGCUUGGUGGUGGUGCAGCCCAGCAUUGGUGACGUGAUGGUAGACUGUUUUAAAGAUAACACAUCUCGCUCAGAGCUGGAGGCCAGAGUUCUGAGGAUCCAACCUGUAGAGAUCCUGGUACCGUCGAACCUGUCUGAGACCACCGAGCGCCUCCUGCGCACCAUCGCUCUGGCCAGUGUCCAAGCAGACGAUCGCAUUCGUAUCGAGAAGCGAGACAGCACCCAGUUUGAAUACCUCACUGCCAUGGCGACUGUCAGGAACUUGUAUGGCAGCGUGACUCCUCAGACAGCAGAAGAUCAGAAAAAGGGGUCCUCUCCAUUCUAUCUAAGUUUAGAGAGCCAAAUCAUCUGCUGUUUGGGGCCAGUGAUCCAGUAUCUGACUGAAUUUAAGCUGGAGAGGGUUCUGCUUGGUUCCAGUUCGUUUAAGAGGCUGUCGAAUGAUGCAGAGCACAUGGUAUUGAGUGCCACUACCCUGAAGAACCUAGAGAUCUUUAGUAACCAGACCACAGGAACAGUGAAGGGCAGUCUGCUCUGGGUUCUGGACCAUACACGCACUCCGUUUGGGAAGAGGCUGCUAAAGAAAUGGGUCAGCCAACCCCUAAAGUCUACAUCUGAGAUCCUGUUACGUCAGGAAGCCGUGGCAGAAAUCCUGUCCUCUGAGUCUGUCGUGUUGCCCUCCAUCCAGACCCUGCUCACUCGACUGCCAGAUCUGGAGAGAGGUCUCUGCAGCAUUUAUCAUAAGAAGUGUUCCACUCAGGAGUUUUACCUCAUCAGCAGCACGAUGUCCCGCCUGAGUGCAGAACUUCAAGCUCUCGUACCUGCCAUCCAAUCACAGCUCAGCUCCGCCCUCUUAAAGAGCCUGCUCCUAGACACACCCCAGCUCCUCAACCCUGCCCACAAUUUCCUCAAAGUGCUCAAUGAAAAGGCUGCCAAGACUGGGAAUAAAACUGACCUGUUUGAGGACCUGACUGAUUUUCCUGUAAUUAAGGAAAGAAAAGAUGAGAUUCAGGCUGUUCUCUCAGAAAUUAUGGAACAUCGGCGAGAAUUACGCAUCGUCCUUCGAAACCCGUCACUGGAUUACACCACCAUGUCUGGACAAGAGUUUCUCAUUGAGGUGAAGAACAGCAUGUCCUCCAUUGUCCCGCCAGACUGGGUCAAAAUUAGCAGCACUAAAUUGGUGGGUCGUUACCACUCUCCCUUCCUCGUGGAGAGACACCAGCAUCUGUUACGUCUGCGCGAGCAGCUAGUUAUCGACUGCAGCAGAGAGUGGAUCAGCUUCCUCCAGCAGUUUGGGGAACAUUAUUACAUCCUGAAGAAAGCGGUGGGUUACCUUGCAACUGUCGACUGCCUCUUUUCAUUGGCCCAGCUUGCUAAAGACAACAAUUACUGCAGGCCAGAGGUUCUGGAACAGAAGGGCCACGUAGUGAUCCGGGAAGGCAGACACCCAGUCAUAAAUAUGUUGAUGGCUGAGCAGGAUCAGUAUGUGCCCAAUGACACGGAUCUUCAGGGUGAGGGCAAGCGUGCUAUGAUCAUCACUGGACCCAACAUGGGAGGAAAGAGCUCUUAUAUUCGCCAGGUGGCUCUUCUCACCAUCAUGGCCCAACUGGGAUCCUUUGUUCCAGCCAGUGAGGCAUCAUUUGGCAUUGUGGAUGGUAUUUUUACAAGGAUGGGAGCCUCGGACAACAUCUCAAGAGGUCGAAGCACCUUCAUGGAGGAGCUGGUGGAGGCCUCAGAGAUCCUGUCUCGUGCCACAGCAUGUUCCCUUGUGAUCUUGGAUGAGCUCGGCCGUGGCACCAGCACACAUGAUGGAAUUGCCAUCGCCUACGCCACCCUGGAGUUCUUAAUCAGAGACGUGAGGUGUCUGACCCUAUUUGUGACCCACUACCCUCCACUGUGUGAGCUUGAGAAACUCUACCCAUGUCAUGUUGGAAACUACCACAUGGCCUUCCUGCUCAACGACCCAGAGACUGCAGCUGGAGAGGAGGAGGUGCAGCCAGAGUUCAUCACUUUCCUCUAUCAGCUGACGGAGGGAGCAGCUGCUCGGAGCUAUGGGCUAAACGUGGCGCGGCUGGCUGACAUCCCCCAGAGCAUCCUUACAUCUGCAGCGCUCAAGUCCAAAGAGCUGGAGGCCAUCGUCAACAGCCGCAGGAAAACUGUGAAGCUGCUUACUGACGCUUGGAAAAUCACUGACAAGGAUUCAUUACUUGACUGGAAAAAAGUCAGAAAUUAAUAAAGUGUGUGUGCACCUGUACGUGUGAGUGUGUGUGUGUGUGUGUGUGCGCACCUGUGUGUGUGUGUGUGCGUGCGUGUUGCUGAGGUAGUCUUUAUAAACCACAAGUCUUUAUGCAAGUCUACACACAAAAAACUUUAUGCAAGUCUACACACAAUAAACUUAUAAACCACACUUUAUGCAAGUCUACACACAAGAUCAGAUGAGCUUUGUAUCUGAUUCCCUUUUUAUGUCUGUACCUUUUAUGGGUCAUGAUCACUCCAGAAAGUAUCUUUUCCAGAUUCCCAGUGCUAUAUUAUAGGUUAUAGUAUAUUAUAGGCACUGAGAAAAAUCUGAAAAUGUAUCCAGAACAGUAUAGAUGUGUAUUGCUGUUGUGUAAUGAACCAAAAUUAUUAAAUCAGAAAUCUGCUUUGUACACUCCUGGUUUCUCUUUUUACUGUUUUUUUUUUUCUUUUUAAAGUCUGAAAUUAGAUGCAAGUGUCUACGUGAACUCACAACCUAUUAUUAUUUUGCUUUUGGUUUUUUUACAUUAUGUUGGAGACAUGGCACGACUGUUUAAAGCUAGACGGCCUUUCGAUUUCAUAAAAUCGGUGAAAUUUAGUUCCCUCUGAAAUUUGGUCAUUGUGAUACAUGUUUAUUUCUGUAAUAUCUCACAAAAUAUCAGGCCAUUCUGUGGCUGGGAAGUUAUUUCAUUUGAGGGGAUUCCCGAGCAAAUAAUGUGCAAGAAAUCGCUCGCUUCUCGCAGCCAAGCAGACAGAGGAAGUCCAUGUGCACAUGUGCAGGUUUACCUUUGACCGUGCACUGACAGUUCCAUCGUUCUGUCGCUAAACGAACAGCUGAUCACACUGAGGUGCUCGCUGACCGCUGAUAUUUAUUAGUUUGGUCCUGCGUUUCCUUUCCUUCGCAACGUAACGUCUUUUUUUCUCGCUUUCUGUUACUGUAGUCAGUUUUUCAUGUUUCAUUCACACACUCGCAUCCUCCAUUUUUCUCUCCUGUUUCAAAUUUGUAUCCCACAAUGCCUUGUGCAAACGGGGAAAGCCCACCACGUGAUGCAUGGCAUAGUACCUUGAAUUGUGUCAUGGUGAAGCAGGAAAAAAAUAGCGGAGAAUUUAGGGCCAUGUGGCCCUAAAUUUAUUAAUUGUUCUAUUAAGAAAAAAAAAAACUAAAUAAAAUUGGAAGUCUGUGAUUCGAUUUCAGUACCUUUCGAUCCACUAAACAAAAAUAAUUGGGUGUCGGGGAAAAUUGUUUUUAUGACCUAUACUUGAAAAAUCUGAAAGGCAGUCUACCUUUAAUGUGACUUGGGCACUUUUUUUUUUUUUUUAAGAGAGGAGAAACAGCCACAAGAGCUGGGCAUUAACAAAGUAUUGAGCAUGAUUUCCUAGCAUUUCCUGCCGUUGUUAUAACAUAAACCCCAGCAUGUAAAUGCCAUGCUACUGGCAUGGCGCAAGGUGAGAGCUGAAGUGCCUUAUAAUUAUUUGUCUGUAAACGGAUGGACUGAGCACAUGAAGCGCACUCCAUCCUUGCUGCCUAUGUAAAUUUGUAAAUUUCACCA